AUGGAUUUCCUGGGACCAGAUUACCUCGAGGCGCUGUCACUACUGGCAGAGUUUAAAGAUGAUUACCCAGGCCUCCUGAAGGAAUUGAGGCUAUGCGAGCCUCGGGCUGCAAUUGCGCUAUACCCGGAGUCUAAUGGCAAUAAUUACAUAGGAAGCAGUAACAACAGUAGAGGAAGCAGCAGCGGCAGCGGCAGCGGCAGCAGCAGCGGUAGUAGUAGUAGUAGUAGUAGCAAGGGAAAGACUAUUUCUGAGACCAGCUACACAAAACGAAUGGAGGAUGUUGACAUGGACAGCGUGCCGGACACGUUAGAGGAAGCUGAUCAGAAGAAUAAAAAAAAACUAGAAGAAGGCAAGGCUGCAACGUCGUCCAAAUUACCAAACGGUGGUGUUUCAACUCUUGAUGAGUUGCUAGCCAAGUUCCCCGCACCAGUACGGACACCACCACGCCACCCGGAGCUAGAUCUUUAUUUUGCACUCUACAUUUGGGUGUAUUUAGCCCUAGGGGAGUAUCUGAAUGCGGUUUCUAUUGUGAAACGGUACGGGCUGGAUGCGCCGCUGUUUGUGGCGUCACCGUUAGUGGUGGCCUCUGCUCGAGCAGCUCGGUUGUUUGAUCCACAAACAUAUGCACACACUCUGGCACAGCAAAAGGAGCAUCGCAAUCUGGAAACAACUUUAUUAGAUGACAAAAAGGCGGACAUAAAGGCCAAGUUUGAUGAGACGAAACGUGUGGCUGCUUUAUGGGAUUAUUCCAAGAUUUAUGCGCUGCGCGAGGCCUACGCUUGGGAUGAAGAUAUCAAGGAAGAUAAGACAGAGGAUACUAAUGCCAAUGGAAAUGGAGCGGUGACUGUAGGUAAGCUGGUUGAUGAAGCUCUUGCCAAGUUUCGACGAACAGUUCAUGGGCGAAUAGUUUCAAGUUUUGGGACGAUACGCCCGGCCACGGUGGUGACAUAUUUGGGGUUGAGAGAUGUUGGUGAUGAGAGUGGGGAGGCUGUACUUGCAGCUUUGAAACGAGAGCUUGGGGAUGAGGCCAAGGGAUGGACUAUGAAGAGUACCGAGGGAUCUUAUGGGGUCACAGAGCUGCUGGUUCCACCGGUCCAGAUUCCCAGACCACAACAAAAUGCGCGUACUACAGCAGAGAAACGGGCCCAGAUGCAGGAACUGAUUUCAGCAGCUACACAUUUGGAGCAACGGCUGGGGGUUUAA